UCCCGUCCCUCUGGUGGAGUGGUGGUGUGUGUGAGUGUGUGUGUGCGCGCUUCUCUCUGCUCAGCUCAGCUCUGCUCUGCUCUGCUUUGCUCCUCUUUUCUCCUCUCCUCUCCUCUCAUCUCAUCUCCUCUCCAUCCCUUGCUCUCUCCGCUUUUCCUGUGCGCUCCUCUCUCGCUCGUUCGGAAACGUAUGAUCCGGGUCACCUCUGGCAGAAUUGGGUCUGCCUGGCUGCUGGAGGAGGAGGUCGGACUGGAUGCUCUGGGCAGCGUCUCGUGCCUCGUGGAUCCGCGGGGAGGGGAGGGGAGGGUCAGGAAAGAGGGGAGGGGGUUUAGGUGAGGGCACGGCGGUGGGGAGCUUGGAGGUGGCGGAGCGGAGGCGGUGGAAGCAACAGCAGUGGUGGUGAUGACGGUGGCGGUACUGGAGUGGUGCUAGCGGGACAUGAUUCAUGACUUGAGCCGGAUUUGGCUGGAGACCCCCAUCCCAUCCGCUGGCCCCCAUGUGGGGCCCUUUUGCGGACGGUGGGGCGGCGAACCAGCAGGACGCCCCUCGCCCACUCAACUGGACCAUCAGGAAACUGUGCCAGUCAGCCUUCCUACCCUCUGUGCGACUGCUUAAGGCGCAGAAGUCCUGGAUUGAGAGAGCAUUCAGCAAGAGAGAAUGUGUUCAUAUCAUAGUGAGCGCCAAAGACCCCCAUAGGUGCUGUUGUGGUCGUUUGAUUGGCCAGCAUGUGGGCCUGCCCCCCAGCAUCUCCUCCAAUCAAAAUGACAAGUCGGAGCGGUUACCAAAGAAUGACAGCCUUUCCGAGAAAUGGUCGAUCAGCAAGCAUACACAGCUCAGCCCAACCGAUGCCUUCGGCACCAUCGAGUUCCAAGGCGGGGGCCAUUCCAACAAGGCAAUGUAUGUACGGGUCUCCUAUGACACCAAGCCUGAUCUGCUGCUGCACCUGAUGACGAAGGAAUGGCAGCUGGAUCUUCCCAAGCUGCUCAUCUCGGUCCAUGGGGGGCUGCAGAACUUCGAGCUCCAGCCCAAACUCAAGCAGGUUUUCGGCAAGGGGCUCAUCAAGGCCGCCAUGACAACUGGCGCGUGGAUCUUCACAGGAGGGGCCAACACAGGGGUCAUCCGACAUGUCGGAGACGCACUCAAGGACCAUGCCUCCAAAUCUCGUGGAAAGAUCUGCACCAUCGGGAUCGCCCCUUGGGGCAUUGUGGAGAAUCUGGAAGACCUCGUGGGCAAGGAUGUGGUCAGGCCCUAUCAGACCAUGUCCAAUCCACUGAGCAAGCUGACCGUCCUGAACAGCCUGCACUCCCACUUCAUCCUGGCUGACAACGGCACCACGGGGAAGUACGGGGCAGAGGUGAAGCUUCGCCGGCAGCUGGAGAAGCACAUCUCCCUGCAGAAGAUCAACACUCGGAUUGGACAGGGGGUGCCUGUGGUGGCACUGAUCGUGGAAGGGGGGCCAAAUGUCAUCUCCAUUGUUCUGGAAUACCUGAGAGACACGCCGCCAGUGCCCGUGGUGGUGUGUGAUGGCAGUGGACGGGCAUCUGACAUCCUGGCAUUCGGGCACAAGUACUCGGAGGAAGGCGGCAGGAUCAUCAAUGAAUCCUUGCGCGAUCAGCUUCUGGUCACCAUUCAGAAGACCUUCACCUACAGUCGCAGUCAAGCCCAGCACCUCUUCAUCAUCCUCAUGGAGUGCAUGAAGAAAAAGGAGCUGAUUACUGUGUUCCGGAUGGGGUCCGAAGGACAUCAGGACAUCGACUUAGCCAUCCUCACCGCUCUGCUCAAAGGUGCAAAUGCGUCUGCACCUGACCAGUUGAGCUUGGCCUUGGCAUGGAACAGAGUUGACAUCGCCCGGAGUCAGAUCUUCAUAUACGGGCAGCAAUGGCCGGUGGGUUCCCUGGAGCAGUCCAUGUUGGAUGCCCUGGUGCUGGACCGGGUGGACUUUGUGAAGUUGCUAAUCGAGAAUGGAGUGAGCAUGCAUCGUUUCCUCACCCUCAGCAGACUGGAGGAGCUGUACAACACGAGGCACGGACCUUCAAACACACUCUACCAUCUUGUGCGGGAUGUCAAAAAGCAAGAAUAUCCAGGUUUCGGUUGGAUCUACUUCAAGGGUAACCUCCCACCAGACUACCGCAUCAGUCUGAUCGACAUCGGAUUGGUCAUCGAGUACCUCAUGGGCGGAGCCUACCGCUGCAACUACACCAGGAAGAGGUUCAGAACGCUCUACCACAACCUCUUCGGCCCCAAGAGAGACGACAUGCCAAUCAGGAGAGGCCGCCAGAAGACGACACGCAAACGUGAGGAGGAAGUGGACAUCGACCUUGACGACCCCGAGAUCCACCACUUCCCCUUCCCCUACCACGAGCUGAUGGUGUGGGCAGUGUUGAUGAAGCGCCAGAAGAUGGCGUUGUUCUUCUGGCAGCACGGAGAGGAGGCCAUGGCCAAGGCCCUGGUGGCCUGCAAACUCUGCAAAGCCAUGGCCCACGAGGCCUCGGAGAACGACAUGGUGGACGACAUAUCGCAGGAGCUCAACCACAACUCCAGAGAGUUUGCUCAGUUGUCUGUGGAGCUCUUGGACCAGUCGUACAAGCAGGACGAGCAGAUGGCCAUGAAGCUUCUGACCUACGAGCUGAAGAACUGGAGCAACGCCACCUGCCUGCAGCUCGCGGUCGCAGCCAAGCACCGAGACUUCAUCGCGCACACCUGCAGCCAGAUGCUGCUGACCGACAUGUGGAUGGGCCGCCUGCGUAUGCGUAAGAACUCAGGACUGAAGGUCAUCCUGGGCCUACUGCUCCCGCCAUCCAUCCUGAGUCUGGAGUUCAAGAACAAGGAUGAGAUGUCGUACAUGCCCCAGGACCAGGAGGCCUACCUGCAGGAGAAGGAUGUGGAGGAGCCGGAGAAGCCCCCCAAAGACAAGGAAGAGGAUGACAUGGAGUUCACAGUAAGAUCCUACUGUGAGACGCAGUACAACUCCGUGGCCAUGCUGGGGAAAGUGAGUUCCGAGGCGUCUAGGAAGAAGGAGGGGACGGAGGUUCAAAAUCGGUAUCGGCUGAUCCCGAUGGGCCGCAAGAUCUACGAGUUUUAUAAUGCCCCCAUUGUUAAAUUCUGGUUCCACACGCUGGCCUAUGUCGCGUACCUGAUGCUGUUUAACUACAUCGUGCUGGUGAAGAUGGAUCUCUGGCCGUCGACGCAGGAGUGGAUCGUCAUUGCCUACAUCUUCACCAACGGCAUCGAGAAGAUGAGAGAGAUUUUGAUGUCGGAGCCGGGCAAGCUGAUGCAGAAGGUGAAGGUAUGGCUGCAGGAGUACUGGAACGUCACAGACCUGAUGGCCAUCCUCAUCUUCUCCAUCGGCAUGAUACUCCGUCUGCAAGAGCCGCCGUUCAUGAGCUAUGGACGCGUCAUCUACUGCGUCAACAUCAUCUACUGGUACAUACGGCUGCUCGACAUCUUCGGGGUGAACAAGUACCUGGGGCCUUACGUCAUGAUGAUCGGCAAGAUGAUGAUUGACAUGAUGUACUUUGUCAUCAUCAUGCUGGUGGUGCUGAUGAGUUUCGGGGUGGCCAGACAGGCCAUCCUGCACCCCAACGAGGACCCCUCUUGGAUGCUGGCCCGCAACAUCUUCUUCAUGCCCUACUGGAUGAUCUACGGGGAGGUGUUCGCUGACCAGAUCGACCAUAGUAGGAAGCGACAGCACAGGCUGAAUGAAAAACUCUGGCCGGUCGAAAAUUACAUUCGAACUCGUGGAACCUGGCGUAACAAUGGGCCAUCUCAUAUAUCUCCAUGUGGACAGAAUGUCACGACAGAAGACGGGCACAUCGUCCCACUUCCAGCCUGCAAGACUGGGGCAUGGAUUGUUCCAGCCAUCAUGGCCUGUUACCUGCUCGUGGCCAACAUCCUGCUUGUCAACCUGCUCAUAGCCGUGUUCAACAAUACAUUCUUCGAAGUGAAGUCCAUCUCCAAUCAGGUGUGGAAGUUCCAGCGCUACCAGCUGAUCAUGACCUUCCACGAGCGGCCGGUGCUUCCUCCCCCCCUCAUCAUCUUGAGUCACAUAACCAUGGUCCUCAAGCACCUCUGCUGUCGCUGGCGAAAACGCGACGAUGACGAGAGAGACUACGGGCUCAAGCUGUUUAUCACUGAGGAUGAACUGAAGAAUUUGCACGACUUUGAAGAGCAGUGCAUUGAGGAGUACUUCCGGGAGAAAGAUGACCGCUUCAACUCCUCCAACGACGAAAGGAUCCGUGUGACGUCAGAAAGGGUGGAGAAUAUGGCCAUGCGUCUGGAGGAAGUGAACGAGCGGGAGCACUUUAUGAAGGCAUCCCUGCAGACAGUGGACGUCCGCUUGGCCCAGAUGGAGGAGAUGAUAGGCCGCAUCGCCAUGACCCUGGAGCGGGUCACGGGCCUGGAGCGGGGUGAGGUCAACAAGGUUCGCUCACGGACGUCCUCUGACUGCACUGACGCCCACUACAUCCUGCGCCAGAGCAGCUUCAACAGCCAGGAGGGCACCUCCUACCGCUUGCCCGAAUCCCAGGAGCAGGGCGGUGAGGAGUCCAUCUCUCCCACCUCACCCACAAGUCUGGCCCCGCGGGCUCGCAGUCACUCUUUCUACGUUGGGGGUGGCAGGGUUGGUGGCGCGGCCGAGAGGGUGGAAAGCUUCUUCAAGGAGCGAUCGCUGAGUCUUCAUCGAGCCAAUAGCUCCCAGUCAGUGGCCUCGAACUCCAAAGACACCAAACCAAUUCCCAUCAACACGCUGUCUGUGUCACAGCACCACCGGCCUUCGUCCUGCAUCGACAUCUACGUAUCAGCCUCAGAGGAGGCCGCCCCUUCUGAGAGAUUCCUGGAGCCCAUCAGGAUGGUGCCCCCCCUGGCCCGUGAGUCCUCUCUUCACUCGGAGAUCAUGGAAGCAGUCCUCUCCAGUGGACGGGACUACAGCGGGAGGUCUGGGUCGGCGGCUGGUGACAAACAGUCCGACGCCACCAUGAUAUACGAGGACAGCGCAGCGGCCGACCUGUCCCUGUGCUCCGGCCAGCUGCUUCCCGACAGCCUGCCGCCCUGGGACCUGGACCCCUCGCCGCCCCCCUCGGCGGGGCUGCUGGAGCGCUCCAAAAGUAGCCGCUAUCUGUCAACUUCGGGCGGGCUGUUCCCGGACGAGCCCCAACUGGUGAAGUCCCACAGCAUGAUGUUCUCGCAGCGCCCUUACUACGGCGGCCUGAACGUGCCGCUGAAAGCGGCCGAGUACACCAGCAUCACGGACUGCAUCGACACGCGCUGCGUCUCCACCGCCUUCCCCAUGCCAGAGCGCUCCGACUCCCCCGGGGGCUCCUUCACUUUCGACAAGCCCCAGGACAUGAGCUCCACGCACCCGGAGCGUGAGGCUGAGCUCAGCCACGCCGAGUCCGACCCCGAGGACCCGGGGGAGAUGCUGGCAGAGUCCAGCCGAAGCGCUCUGAGGAAGGGUGGCGGCGGGGGAGGUGGCGGGGCAGACCUUGGCAUGGGUCUCGGGCCCUACUGCUCCCCGCUCUCCCGACUCGAGAGAGCCAACAGCUGCUCCUCAUCCGAGGACUCCCACUCCGCCAGCACCUAUGCCCGCAAGAGCUUCUCCAUCAGCGAGAGGAUGGAGCGGGGCCAUGGCGCGGCCUCCUCCUCCUCCUCCUCCAGGAACCCCUUCCAAACGAGCAAGUCAGGGGCUCGACAGGAGGGUAAAACUGACAGCCUGUCCAUGAGAAAGCUGGCUAAGCCGGCUGCCUUCCGGAGCUUCGACAGCAGGCACAACUUCACAUGAUGGCGGUGGGCUCAGAGCAGAUGUGGCCCAAGGAUAGAGUGGGAGGCACACUGGAUGGAAAUGGUCCUCUACCUCAUGUGAUUUCUAAGGUGGCCCUUCCAUUGCAUGCUUUGGCAAAAGCUUAAUUCGCUCUCUCUCGCUCAAGAUGCAUGGAGUUAUUCCAUGCUGGGGACACAGUGGUAAUGAAACCUUACAUCUUCAACCAACCAAGCAUUGCAAACAUUAUUUUAAUGAUUUGUGUUUAUUUGAUUUGGGAGACUAAAGUGGCAAACAUGCAUACAUGGUAAGGAAAACAAGACAAAAAAUCCCCCUGACAUCAGUGUGCAUAAAGGCUAGCAAAUUGGGUUCACCUUGUUCAAUGGGUGACACUGAAGCUGUUCCAAUCUGUGUAUAAAUCAUGGAUCACUCCAUAGUACAGCCCACUCUUAUGAUUUGCGGAUGUGGCUGACCAAGUUGUGGUGGUGGUCAUUUUAACCAGUCAAAACAACCACAGAAAAGGGAAAUACUGACAUAAUCAUGAAAGCUCCUGCUAACUCUGUCAGAGGAGUCUCCUGUUGAUGUAAUUAAUUCGGAUCCCCACUAAACACAUGCACAUGCUUACUGAUUACAAACCAUGAAUCAGACUCCCAAAUCUGCCAGUGGCAAUGAUGAAUGUAGUUAAAUUGUGGGUUUCCUUUGAAAAUGUUCUUAUCAGAACCGGUUAUAACACAAGAGGACACCGUCCUGAUGUUAUCAUAUUGUUGUCUUAGGUUUUGUCCCUUAUAAUACAGACCACCUCCGCACUGAGAUCAGAAGCAGAAAGUAGUGAUUAAGGAAUUGAGCUCAUCUGGCCGAAUGCUUGUACCCCUGCAAUGGCCUCAUUAUCACCACUAGAGGGCACCAUGAAGCUUCCACGAGGCAGGAUUUUAGUUGCUGAUUUUAAAACGUUGUACCAUACUAAGGUCAUAGUGCUACACUUCACACACACAAGUAACAUUUAAAAACAGAAAUUGUAUGGCUUACGAUUCAUUUAAGUGCCGAACAUGGAUGGUUCUGGUAGUAUUUUUGGUUACUGUUUUUAUUUCAUGGAUACAGAGGCUCAACUGUAAUUCGUAUAUAAACUCAAACAUUGUAACACUUGCUAUGCAAGAUGUCAGAGAUGGCAAUGUUGGAUUGGGACGUUACAGUAUGCACUUUAGACCAUGUCGCUAUUUUUUUUUCUUCUGGUAUGCACAUCUCAAACUUGAAGAGUUGUUUCUCAUUGAUCACUUCUCAUGAAUUUCAUGUUUUACAGAGCUGCCGAUGAAGUGCACAAUUUAAUAAUCUCGUGGUAGUUACAUUAAAACAUCAACAUUACCAGUGAAAUCUGGCCAAACCUAAA